UCCAGCAUCUUCAGGACUCAGUUAAGAUUUUUGGAACUUGCUAAUGGCUUUUUUGCUAUCAGAGCUCAGAGUUUUUUUUGAGGUCAACAUGUCUGAGAGCCACUGGCAGGGGUUAUUACAGGAAAGGCCGKAGCAGCUGAACUCUCUAAAGUGGAAACUCUAUAUAAGACAGACACUGUGCAAGAGGAGAACUACACCAGAAAAUAAAUGAACAACAAAUAAACACUUAACAAUUAAGAAAUCAACCAUAAGCAAUCAAUUUUAUUACAUUUGAUUGUAAACAAAGAUGGAUUAAGUACAUUGAGAUAUGAAUCACAGAACAACAUAAAGUAAAGAAUAAAAAGAGAAAAAAAACCAACAGAAUUUAAGUAAUUGUUUCACUUUAAAACUUGAAUAUGAAGAAUGAUGGAAUGAAAGUGGUUUUUGGUUCACAAAUCUUCACAGAACUGUCCGGCUGUAAAUAAAAACAAAAUGAACAUUACAUUUAAUAUCAGGUAAAUGAUUACAUUAAAACAUCAAACAAGUGAUUUUUGAGUGGUUUUUCAGUUGACAACUUUGAAAACUGCAAGAAAAUUAAUCUUUUUAUGAAAAACAAAAUAUUUUAAGCUACUCUGAGACAGCAAACAGUGAAAGGAGGGUUUCAUAAUAUUCCUGCUGCAACUUCUUGAACUGACUAAUCUAAAUAAAUUCAAAAAAAAAAAAAACAAAUACUUGUGUUUCAUCAUAUUUUGGUAAGAUUUAGUUGGAUCCUUUACUAAAUCUGUUUAAGAAAACUUUGUCACGUAUAAGUAGUUAAAUUAAAUAUAACUAAUUAGUAAUAAUAAAAGUUUUUAUUUUCUGAGGCAUCUAGAGAUAAAAUAAUUCCUAAGAAUUAAAUUAAAAAACGAGCAACAUAUGUGUCAUGCUUGGUUGAUGAAAGGUCAGCUGAUGUGUUUUCUUUCUUGCAGGAGUUAGAAAUGCUGAUGGAGGUGUGUUACAGUAACGGCUUGGAGCCUGACCUUUCCCAGCAGUAUCCUCCGCCUUUAAUGCCAAAACCAGGCAAAGACAAUGCAAGGCUUCAAAAACUCAAAAAGAAGAGAGGCAAGAAAAAAGGCAGCCUUUCUCAGACGCCCAUCCCCUUCCGCUCCUGUUUGUCGCCUGUCAAUGAAGCGAGCACGGACCUUGAGCACAGCGACCAGUGCACCCCGCCGAGGACACCAGAUUCGGUUUACAUUGCAGACUCAUCCAUAUCCAGUUUCCCCUCAGGCCCAUUCUAUAAUCACUCUGCAUCUGCAUUCCCUCAUCAUCAGGGCAGCUUCCAUGGACACACUGGCAGCUUUUACCCUCUGCCCCAACCAGCAGCGACCAGGAGCACCAAGGAGCCGGUGGCUCCGCUGUACGAGUGCUCCUCUUUUUUAUUUGAUGAUGCUGCCCCUUUCAUGAUGCCACCAUUGACAUCACAAACUGUAUUGUCACAACAGCAGGUCCCUGCACCAUGCCCUCCCUCUGCUUUCAAGUGCAACACGACUUCAAAUUCACAUGGGUCAGUCACAACGGUUUCUCCAUUUGUUGCAUUGCAAUCCACCCCGAAAAUAUCAAUGCACAGUCUGACCCUCUCCCCUGCUGCUCCCAACUGUGGUCCAGGCAUGGCACCUACUCAAGUUUCAGAUCUAUCUCCUGUUCCAGUAUCACUAUCAGUUUCAAAUACUUAUACACAACCUUUCAUUUCCAGCCAGAGGGAGAUCAAUGCUGAUUUAAAGGAUAACUCAACUAGAAUGGCCAAAGCMAGCAGCAACGUCAACAGUGUUCUUCAACAAAUGCCGUCUGAAAUAACUGCAUCAAAAAUAUCACUUGUUGAAGGAAUGAAAGAGCCAAGGCCUGAAGCCAUGCAAGCUAAGAUGUAUACAUCAAAAGCAACACUUCAUGAGCUCUCAAAACGUCCCUCUAUCCAGGACCUCACAGUUCUAAACUCAUCAUCAUUACCUGCAGCAGUGGUGAACAGUGAUCAGAUCUGUUCACCUUGGACCCAGAGUGGGAGAUCCCACAUUCCUUCCUACACACCAGCUCAAAUAUCAGCACCUAGUUUUGAAAUACCAACCUCCAGUCCACUUUUAUCCACAGUGAGUCCUGCUUUCAACCUCUCCCGAGAUUUACAAGUCCCCAUUGUUCCAAGAGAGGCACUGGAACACAACUCAGCAAUCCAAACAUGCUGGAGGCCUCCAACUGUGAUGGAAGAACAGAAGCAAACUAACAGUGGUAGCAUAUCAUCCAUCAAAGAGAUGGAGAUUCAUAAUAAAGUAAAGAGUACAAUAAAUUUAAGUCUGGCUAGUACGGAGCUGUACCACAAAGAAAACACAACUGUGCCUGACUUUUCUUUGGUCAAAUCCUCACUCGCAGGACUAGACGACCCCAAAACAGACCACGUUUCAGAAAACAAACCUUCAUCUUUGCCAAAAGUUCCAUCAUUUCUUUCUGCACCACAGAAUCUGUACCCCACACAAGUUAUUUCAAUGCAAGCAUCCCUAAGUCCAAGCCCAGUGUUCUCCAUCCAUCGCCCUCCAGUAGUUGAAGCACGCAAGUCUUUAACAUCACUAUUGGAAACUCAAAUGACAUUAGCAAUUUCAAAGCCCAAAUCACGUUCUACAUAUUAUGGGCUCACCCCAACUGAGUAUGCUGCAUAUGGUGGAAUAAGGACUGCUGUGUCGCACCAGCUCUCUGCACCUCGCAGGAUGGAUGAAACGUCAGAUAACAUCCAGUCAGACAAUUGUGUAGAUGGAUCAGAUGUCUUAAAGCAUGACAGUCAGAUGAAUGGACCUGACGACCUACAUUCUGUGGUUCAUAUUAAGCAAUCCUCCCACUCAGAGAUUCCAGUCGAACUGGGUUUCAAACAUAGCAGUGAUGUCAUUGAGGAAAACCAGUCUGGAGCUGAGAAUACUGGAGUUCAGUCUAUUAACACAUCUAAUCUGGAAACAAUAAAACACAACCUUCCUU